UUAAGGAGGGGAGAGAUAAACCUGAUCGACGCGUUUGUUAUCAAUGAAGAUCAAGUUAGGAGCUAAGGAAUCCAAGCAUGAAGGUGAGCCAAAACUUCCCCUCUUGCACGACACACCGUUACCGGAACUAGAUGAGAAAAGAACGCUGGUGCAGAGAGCCAUGAACCAGACGUUUCAGAGCACAGCUCAUUUGGCCAAUCUUUUACCUACUGGAACAGUUCUUGCAUUUCAACUUCUGGCACCUAUAUUCACAAACCAAGGCAGCUGCGAUUCGGUCAGCAGGGUCAUGACUGCUGUCCUUGUAGGCCUCUGUGGUGCUUCUUGUUUUCUACUCAGUUUCACUGAUAGCUAUAGGGACAACAAGGGGAAUGUCUGCUAUGGAUUUGCUACAUGCAAAGGCCUAUGGAUCAUAGAUGGCUCAACCUCCCUUGCACCAGAAGUGGCUGCAAAUUUCAAAUUGAAGUUUAUAGAUUUCCUCCAUGCUUUCAUGUCCAUACUUGUAUUUGCAGCUAUUGCACUAUUCGACCAGAAUGUAGUGAAUUGCUUCGAUCCAGCACCCUCAGAUAAGGCUGAGGAGGUUCUCACAUCAUUGCCAGUUGCCAUUGGUGUAUUCUGCAGUAUGUUGUUCGUUGUGUUUCCAACCAAGCGCCAUGGAAUUGGAUUCCCCCUCUCUGCAUGCUAAGAGUCCUCCUGUCUGAUCAAGUUGUGGAGCUCUGUUGCAACCUUGCUUAUUCUUUAUUUGAUCCCGGCAUCCUCCAAGUUCUGUCGAUGUCGAUUUGAUUCGUGUUGUUUGUAUAUUCUAGUUCUAGUUCAAAAUUUCAUGGCACUUGUGAAGAAAUAAAUUUUGAAGUAUACGUUUGUUGAUGGA